CCUACCCGCAUUCCUACUCUUCAAGAACAUCGCAGAAUCCACAGGACACAGCCAGACCUCAGAAGCAACAGCAGCAGCAGCAGCCGGAGGAAAGAGAGUGUUGGGAAGGAGCCAGCUUUUACCGAUCAGUUUCAAUUUGUUGCCAAGAAGAGGAGAGCAAAACAUGGGGAUGGCGGUGAGGAGGGAGAGGGACGCGGAGGCGGAGCUGAACCUGCCGCCGGGGUUCCGGUUCCACCCGACGGACGAUGAGCUAGUGGAGCACUACCUGUGCCGGAAGGCGGCGGGGCAGCGCCUCCCGGUGCCCAUCAUCGCCGAGGUGGACCUGUACAAGUUCGACCCUUGGGCCCUGCCGGAGCGGGCGCUGUUCGGCACCAGGGAGUGGUACUUCUUCACGCCCAGGGACCGCAAGUACCCCAACGGAUCCCGGCCCAACCGCGCCGCGGGCAACGGGUACUGGAAGGCCACCGGCGCGGACAAGCCCGUCGCGCCGCGCGGGCGUACGCUGGGGAUCAAGAAGGCGCUCGUGUUCUAUGCCGGGAAGGCGCCGCGCGGGGUCAAGACGGACUGGAUCAUGCACGAGUACCGGCUCGCCGACGCCGGGCGCGCCGCCGCCGCCAAGAAGGGAUCGCUCAGGUUGGAUGACUGGGUGCUGUGCCGACUAUACAACAAGAAGAACGAGUGGGAGAAGAUGCAGCUGGGGAAGGAGGCCGCCGCCGCGACCAAGGAGGAGGCGCCGGACAUGACCACCUCCCACUCCCACUCGCACUCGCAUUCGUGGGCCGAGACGCGCACGCCGGAGUCGGAGAUCGUGGACAACGACCCGUUCCCGGAGCUGGACUCGUUCCCGGCGUUCCGGGACCCGGCGGCGCAGAUGAUGGUGCCCAAGAAGGAGCAGGUGCACGACGGGAACGCCGCCAAGAACGACCUGUUCUUGGACCUCAGCUACGACGACAUACAGAGCAUGUACAGUGGCCUCGACAUGCUGCCGCUGCCGGGGGAGGACUUCUACUCGUCGCUCUUCGCGUCUCCGAGGGUCAAGGGGAACCAGCCAGCCGGCGCCGGCGGCUUGGCCCCCUUCUGAAGUGAAUUAAGGUGGGACUGUGGAAGCACGGAGGGAAAAGACGGCGCUGCAGGCUUGCAACCUCUGUAAAUACGACCUAGGUGUUGAGCCUGAACCUGAACCUGAACCUGAACCUGAUCGGGGUGAUAGGGUUCUGAGGGUCGGUGUUGGCGACGGGUCAUUCUUUUGUUUUCGCUUUCUGCUCAGACGGUAGAUACUAAGUAUAUGUAAUAGUUCUUUUAUCUUCGAUGGAACCAACAAAUUUUGCUGUUCUUGUCCA